UUUAGGAGAAAGCACAUGAGUUCGAGCACCACCAAUACCCCAGUCCUCUAUUGAUGAGCAAGAAACUAGAUACCUUAUAAAAACAGUGCACUGGUAUCGCACAGAUUUAGUUUUCUGUGUUGCUAGGUAAUCAGCUGUGUACCUAAUCACGUGAUUAUGGCUUCUAGCAGUAGUGAUGUAGUUCCUGAGGAGGUGGAGUACCCAACUUUCACUAAAGCGUGGGAGUUUUCAGAUUUAGUGUUGGUCGCGUGUGAGAAGAAGUUUCAUGUUCACAAGGCGGUUAUAUCAAUGUGGAGCCCCACGUUAAAGUGUCAGAUACUAGCACUAGGAGACAAGACUGAGCUAGAGGUAGAAGGGUGCGACAAGCUGUCUGGAGAUGAUUUCUUACAGUUAUUACAGACGAUAUACCCACCCAACAAGCACAUCAGUGAGUUGAAUGUUGAUAAGUUAGUAACAUUAGCUAACCAGUUCAACAUGUUCGAACUGUUGCGGAGGUGCGAGGAUUUCCUUAUCAAGAACAAGACACCUACCCUUAUAUUAUUGGUGUUCGCUCAAGAUCAGAACCUCACUAAGUUACUGGCUAAAUGUAUAGACUACUGCAGUAAACAGUCUAUAGAGGAGUUGAAGAAGACUAUGAACUUUGACAAGAUUGCUCCUCAAAACUUGUGUAAUUUACUGGAAGUGAGAUGUCUGAAGAUGGAGAAGAAGUUGAAGAGGAGUGAGAUGCGGAGUUGGGAGCUAACCUGCACGCUGCGCGCUAUCUACGAGAGCUGGAAUAAGAAGGAGGGGGCGUGCGUUACUCACAGACGAAAUGGAAUGCACCAAGAGAACUGUAACGAUUGUCUCCAUGCUAUCAGGAGGCAGAUUGAUAAACUGUGCGAACUAGCUCUCGACAAUCCCUCCGAUCAAUCGGACUGAACUAAUUCCUGACAAAGUCACGUGUCAAGACCACGUGACUGAUACAUCAUGUGAUAUUAUUGACUGGUUUUGCAUCGUUAAGAUGUUUUAUUUAUCGUGUUUUAAAUAAAUGAUGAUGAAUUGUUUUCUACAUAUUUGAUCGGUGUUGGGAUCCUAUUUUAUAUAACCGUCACUAUAACUAGUCACUAUAAUACGUUUUGUUUUAGAUCUGAAUACAUGAGAUAUUGUGAACUAAUUAACUAAUCAGGUUAAUUAAUUAACUAAUUAGGUUAAAGCAUUGAGUAAUGAUUGAUAAACAACUCAGAAUGAGUCGGAACCUCUGUCACAUGGCCAUUUCUAUAACCUCAAAAAUAGAAAACUUAGUCGUCUGUUAUUUAAAUCUAUCGGCUUUACAAAACAUAUUACAAAUUUGGCUGUCACUUUCCUGUCAUUUUUAAAUUAGAUUUUUAAAAUCUGAAUUCUGAGCAUAUCAGAUGGGUAAAAGUUUUUACAUUAUUUUAUUUAUUUCAUAUUUUCUUUUUCUUGCUAUGUAGUUUACGGACUUUAUUAAAUUAUUCUAUUUUUAGGCUGUAAGUUUAUAUCUUUUAUCUUCCACAGAUAUAACAAAUUAUACUCGAGAAUUUUCCGUUAUUCACA